AUGGCCAUGCAGGCCAUAAAACGCUUUCGUAUGCGCGAAAUCGCAGCUCUCCCCAGACUUGGCCCACAAAUUGCUGCAGCAUCCGCAGCAGUAGCAGCCGCCGCCGCUCGCCCCACCACUAGCACCAGCGCCAACGCACAAUCGUCCCCUCCGACUCCCUCUGCGCUCUCCACACCGCUACCACGCCCCACCGCCCCGAAAACGCCUCACGCAGCGCCCAAAUCCGUGCCAUCGUCAUCGACCAAGCCCGCAUCGAAGCAAGACGCGAGCGCGAGGCUGCAGCUCCUGAACCCCUUCGUCCCGCACAAGAACCCCGAGACGGGCCGCUGGGCGCCGCCAAAGUACUCGCUGCGCCGCCAGGCGGACCUCGUCAAGGCCGCGCGCAAGGCGGGCAUCGAAGGGCUCCUCCCGCCCGGGCCCAAGACGCGCUUGGGCGAGCCCGCGCCCGCGGUCGUUUCAGAUGUGCAGGCCAAGGCGCAGGAGGCGGUUGCGGAGGAGGCGCCGUGGACGCGCCCCGUGCACUGGGUGGGCGUCGUGCGCGAGAAGAAGGACGUCGGCUGGAAAGUGCGCAUGUACGCGGGCAGGAAGCGCAUGUUCAAGGGCCACAAGUGGGAGCGCGUGCGCCAGGACAGGCGGCGCAAGAUGCGGACGCUCAUGCGCGAUAUGGGCGCGCGCGUCAAGCGGUACAAGUCGUACCGCGCCGUCAGGAGCCCGAAGCCGCUCUGGUACCUCUCGGGCACGCGCUCCAAGCGCGCCCAACGCCUACCAUUCUGA